AUGGAUGUGGAAAUUCAACAUCGUAAUACUCUCAUUUCUUUUGGAGCUUUAUCGGGUGCAGGACUUAUUCUUGCUUUCAUAAGAACAUGGAAAUGGUUUUCAAGAUCUGGAAGAGAUAUAAUCGAUUUACCAACAAUCGGUAAAUUUAUCUUGUAUAUAUUUGGAAUAAUUGGUACUGUUCUUUUACUUGUUACAGCUGGUGUUUCAAUUUAUUGUCUUAUUGUUUUUAAACGUCAAUACGAUGAUAGUUUUCUAACAAAUAUAAGUGCAUUGGAAAAUUUAUUAAGAAUUUUUCUGAUUGUUGCAUUUAUAUUAAAAACAAUCGAUAUUAUUCAUUUAAUUAUACGACAAUCAACAAUAGAUAUAUUUUUUAUGGAUUGGGAAAGACCAAAAGCAGAUAAUCGUAAUAGUGUAUCAGUUUGGCGAACAUAUUUCGCAGCAAAUGAAUUAAAUGAAAUACAAACAUUUCGUCGUAUAAAUGUUUCAUUUCAACUUUUUCUUGUUUUACUUGUUCUUAAAGUGAUCAAUCUUGAAAAUAUUGCUUGUGCUCAAAUUGAGAUUAGUGUAUUUUCAACUAACGUUUGUAAUCGUGAAUAUGUUCUAAUUUUUCGUACUGCUAUUGGUUUUUUAACAUUACUUGGAACAGCUAUUAUUCAAUAUUUAGUUUAUACAAUUUUUUAUCAACGUUUUAUUGAAGAUAAAAUAAUUAAUUUUAUUGAUUUAUGUGCUGUAUCAAAUAUAAGUGUAUUUAUUCUUGAUGGAAAUUAUCAUGGAUAUUAUAUUCAUGGUCGAUCACCACAUGGUAUGACUGAUGUUAAUAUGAAAGAAAUACUUAGAAAUUUAUAUCGUGAAGAAAAUCGAAUGAGUGGUACAAGAGGUUUACAAAAUAAUUCCGAUGAACAAAUAUUUAUUGUGAAAAUUAAUAGACAAUUUCGAAGAAAAUAUGCAUCAUUAUUUCAAAAUUAUUAUAAUUUUAAUGGGCCACGAAAAAUGCGAGAAGAUUUUGAACGUUAUACAAAUAUACUUCUUCAAUCUUAUCAAGAUUUAAAUAUUUUUUUAUGUGGAUUUAUUGAUCAUUCAUUACCUUCACAUGAAUAUGUAAUUCGUAAUCGAUUUUUUCUUGAAAAAAUUCUUAAUUAUGAAUUUCGUGCUCCACCAAAAUCUAAUUUUGAAGGACAAAUAGAUAAUUUAUUAUUUGUUGAUAAUGAAAAAAAUUUUACAAAUAUAUUCUUUUAUGGUGAAGAAAGUACUUUAUUUAUUUGGAAUAUAAUUACAUUUCUCUUUAUUGAUAUUCUUGCUAGAAAUUAUGUGUUAGCAGCUAUUAUUACUUAUAUAGUCAAUUCAAUUUUUGUUGGCAUACGUGAUUCAUUUGGUCGAAAGAAUUUAUCUAAAAAAACAUUAAUUCCAAAGAACUUUUUGAUUUAA